GCACUGCCCUGUGGCAGAUGAGACAAUUGCAAGUGGAAUGAAGCCAACUGCAGGAGAAGAGCAACCCAAGGCAGCAGAGAACAUCGGACCGUUGCCCCGUCAACGCAGCAGCAAAAAACUGGAGCCCUACAAGUGCUGUUUGUGUGCCAAAUACCUGCGUUGCGGCGUCAUUACCAUCUGUGGGCACUUCUACUGCUGGAGCUGCCUGUGGCCGCAGCUGCAUGAUGCAGAGUCUCCCAAAUGCUGCCACUGCUUGAGGCCACUGAUCCUGCACGAGGACAUCGUUCCGCUGCACUGCGAUGGGCCCAAUGAUGGGGCAGGCAGCAGUCUGCUGGCCCAGCCGGGCAACGUGCCACGUCCCACGGGUUUCCACUUCAAAUAUGCGAAUGCUUCCAAUUGGUUUACCUUCUGCGAACCGAGCGAUAGUGCUAAUAUCCCUAGUCGCAGUUUUUGCCGUGUGUUGGGCACUCUGCGCAAUGAACAUCCGCGAACUGUGAGGGUGUUGGGCAUCCUCAAGUGCAUCCAAUGGCUGUGCGUUGGUGUCCUGUGCCUCCUUUGGCUCCUUUAA